AUGGAAAAGAUAGGUCACAAGCAGAAGAUAUGGGGAGAAAGACUCGAAAAGUUGAUCUGUUUCCACCCUUGGGUCAGAGCCAUCUUCUUCUCCAAGGCCCAGAUCAAGCACUAUCCCAAAAGGGGAUCAAGCACCAACGCCAAAGAGCGAGGAUGGACCCGGCCCAUCAUUAUUGUCGGCUGGAUCUUCGUCUACUUGUACGCGGCCAGCAAAGAGCUUGCCGAAAAGGUCCACCCAACUAUGGCUCCCCUGGCCACCUCUCAUUUCGCCGGUCUUUCGCUGCUGUCCAGUAAGGCUGUGGUCCAGUCUUCCAUCUUCAUUGUCACCCGGCCGGCGUUUGCAAAAGUCUGCGACCAUAUCGGACGUCUGGAGGGAUGGGUUAUCGUUGUUCUGUGUCACCUGGUUGGCUCAGUACUGUUUGCCAGUGCUCCAAACACUGGCUGUUACUUUGCAGGUAUUGUCUUUUGGGAAGUGGCCACGGUUGGAGGCCAUAUGAUGACCGAAUUGUACGCCUCAGACACCUCGACAAUCAACACCCGAAUCAUCUUCUCGUCGUUCAUCCAGUCGCCCAACAUUUGGGGACCCUACGCGGCGGCGCCCAUCGUAGGUGCUAUCCUCGAUGUGGCCACCUGGAGAUGGGGCUACGGAAUGUUUGCCAUAGUGAUUCCUGUUUGCUCUCUGGGCGUUCUCUUCUUGUUCUCGGUGAUGCGAGUCAAGGAAUUCAGACUUGGAGCCCGCGGAGACUUUUACACUCCCGGCGGCUUCAAGCGGUUUCUCUUGUCAUUCGAUAUCGUGGGACUGGUCAUGCUCUGCGCCGGAACCAUUCUCCUAUUCUUCCCCAUCACUCUGGCAGAAGGCACAGACAAAUGGUCCAGGCCCGGUUUCAUCGCCAUGCUCACCAUCGGCAGUUUCCUGUUGGCGGCUUUCCCGCUAUGGGAGAUUUACGGGGCGCAAUCUCCGCUCAUAUCGUGGAAACUGUUCAGAAACAGAGCCAUGAUCUGCUCCUGUACCAUUCUCUUCUUCUCAAGUAUGUCCAACAAGCUGUCGGUGCCCUACUACACCUCAUGGCUGCUGGUGGUCCGAGGAUACAGCCCAAAGGCCACCACCAAUAUCAAUAGUGCCGUGACGGUGGCCAACAACGCCUUUGGUAUUCUCUUUGCGGCGCCAUACCUGCUGUGGAGCGGAAAACCCAAGCACAUGAUGGUGCUGGGAACCUGCCUCUAUCUUGUUGGAACUGGUCUCACCUACCGGUUCCGACGACAACACUCGGGACUGGGUAUCCUGAUAAUUUCCCAGGUGAUUGAGGGUAUCGGACGAGGAACCCUCUACAUUCCCUGUGGAACCAUUGCCCAGGCCAUGUUUGACAAGCACAAGGUCGCCAAGGUCACCGCAGUCUACUUCACCAUGGGGGGAAUCGGACAGCUUGUUGGAGACGCCAUUCUCGGAGCCAUCUACAAAGAGGUCUACCCGCAAUACAUCCACAAGUACGCACCCGAUAUCCCCCAGAAGGACCUCAACCUGAUCAUCAACAAGAUCAAGAAGGCCACCAAGUUCCCCAUUGGCUCCCCGGUGCGAAACGAGAUCAACCGCGCCUUCGAUGAAACCAUGAAACACAUGCUCUAUGGCACCUUUGCCUGCGCCGCCAUGAUGUUCCUCGCAGUCUUGUGCUACCCUUCUGUUGACUUCAAGGAACAAGGCAGUGUUAGCGUGGAUGAGGGAGAAGAUAUCGAGCCUGACGACUACAGAAUUGAAGUGAGAUCCCAAAGCGAUACGGAGCUGAGUGAGAGUCCAUCUGAGAAGUUGGAAGACCCCCAUUUCGGCUCUUGCAAAGGUCAGGAAGAAAAGCUGAAGAAAUAG